GAAGUGGUGUGAUUUCUCUAGUUCGGGGGGCUGCUUUGUGCUUCUAUAAAAGGAGUGUGAUGACUGGACGAGACGGUGACGCAGACACUGCGCUGCGUGUGGGUGUAUAAAGAGGGGACGCUCCGCUCUGUAACAGCGCACACAUGGAGAAGCAACCGGGUUGGUAAGAGUUCUGAUCUUCUGUCGGUACCUGGAGACGCUUGAAACAACAUGGAGAUGAACGCAACUGAGAAGAUUUACCUUCCCGUUGAUGGCAUCCUCGAAGUGUUCAACUCUCUCACCGGUCACCACCAAUCACGCAUUACGCACCCAGCUCUCCAGAGCGCAGUCCUCACACCCCAGCACCCUAAAGUCUCAAACAUCUCCAAGACUGGCAUGGGCAUUAUUAAAACUGUGAAAAGUCGCUGGAGGCAGCAGGAUAAGAAAGUGACUACCAGUAGAUCCUCGAGUGGGAAUUCGACUGAUCCACUCCCCAAACGGUCUGUGGACCUGCUGGAGCUGGGUCUGACCAAGCCCAGGAACUGUCACAGAAUAGUCGUGCUUGGCGCACCCAAAGUAGGCAAAACCAACAUCCUCCAGCGGUUCCUGGGUAAAGACUUUGAGGAGGAGUAUGAACCCACAAACGAGGAUUUCCACAGAAAACUGUUCCACAUAGGAGGGGAGGCGUACCAGAUCGAUCUUCUGGACGCAGCAGGCGAGAGGGACUUCCCUGCAAAACGGAGGUUAUCCAUACUGACAGGUGACUCUUUCCUGCUCGUGUUCAGUUUGGAUGACAGAGAGUCCUUCAAUGAAGCCUGUGAGCUGAUCGACGAGAUCAAAGCUGCCAAAGCAAAGUUACUGAAAUUAAAACAUCCCGCGAGAACACCAGUGGUGCUAUGCGGGAACAAAGCGGACCUGGAGACGCAGAGAGCCGUCAGCCGGUCGGAGGUGACAGAAACACUCGGCGAAGACGUCGCGUUCUUCGAAACCUCAGCUAAAGACGACACCGGGCUGGAUGGUGUGUUCGCGGCCCUAGCUUCUCUGGGCGGACUGCCGGGCGAGACGAGUCCGUCCCGGCAUCAGCUCGUCUCCAUCCUCAGCUACCAGUCGAUGUGCAUCGGCCAGCAGAGCAAGAGGAGAGGGAGCCGGGGACACGGUGCCCCCUGCGCCGCCGUGGACCCUCUGGCGCGCCGCCCGAGUUUCACCAGCGACCUGCGGCUGGUGCUGAGAUCCAGCACCAAACACAACAAACCCGAGAGGUGUCAGAUUCAAUGAAUCGUGAGCCUUCUCGACAAACCAAUUGUAGUAGUAUGCUGCAAUGUCAUAUUAUGUAAGGAGUUAUACUCUGUAGCACCUGGCUGGACCAGUGCAUUGUUUUUGUACAUAACUGUAUUUAUAUCAUCCUAUAAUAAAAAUGUUUCUAAUGA